GAAAUGUUGUUAGUUGAAUGUUGCUUGAAAGUUGGUUGAUGUUAUGAGGUGUGACUGAUGAAAGUUAUGUUAAGCUCACAGAAUGUUUAGUUCAGUUCAUCUUCCACUCAGAUUCUUCUCCUUUUCAUUCCAAAAUUACCAUUAUUUAACCUUAUACCAAUAAUCUGAAAACGAUUAACUUCUACCCAAGAGCCCGAAAAAAUAUGACUCUUUUUUUUAAGUUAACCCAAGUUCAUUCUGUUUGAAGAAACUGAUUUAUAACAUUUAUUAUGAAAAAUAAAGAAACGAAGAAAUGAUGACUGAUCUUCUCUCUACCAACUCUCUCUUUAAUAUUUUUUAGCUUCUUGUCCUGCCUUUUAUUCCCCUUUCUAUACACCUCUUUGCUUUUAUCUUUUUCUCUCGAACUAAUAACAUAAUACAUGCUCACAUUCUGGGAUCUGCGUGAGAGUCUUUUUACUACCAUCAAAUUGUCAGAAGGAACCAACAAUGGUUAAAUUAAUUAGGAUAGCUGUUAACAGUUAAUAUAACAAUUAACUCUCUCCCUUUUUUUAUAAAAACCAAGUGUAACAUAAACCUGUAAACAAAAAUAUGUUCAACUCGGGGUAACCAGUUAAGCAGAAGAUACCAAAAGCUGCCUCCAUAACGGAUAACUGGACACUUCACUUUACCAAUGGCUUCCUCAUCAUUAGAUUGUUACUCUUCAUCUUCAACUGGAAUGAAAAAAUCAUACGAUUCCACUAGAUCAUUAUCCUCAUCUGCAUCUUCAUCCAAUCCUAGGGUAUCCUUUAGAUCAAAUUCAAUUGAUAUUGGUAGACAUGAUAAAUGUGAUAGAAAAGGCUCAGGUUCGCUUCCAUCUUCUUUCGAUGUAGAUAAAUUAAUGAGAAAGCUGGAAGAAGAUGAUAAAGCACUUCGAGAACUGGAAGAAUUGGAAGUUGAACGAAUAAAUACAUCGAGCAAUAUGGCCUCAACCACCACACCAUCAACAUCCUCAGCCUUGGAUACCGAAACCUCCUCAUCCAUGGCGCCGACCACAGUUACACCGUUAACUAGUACUUCACAAGUUACUUCAUCAACAUCUUCCAUUGGGUCAACUACUACUGCCGCUUUAUCUUCAUCUAUGCCGGCCCUAAAUGAUCGCCAAUCUUUUGAUAGACAGUCUCAAUUUGAUUCCCGAGCUGGAGGUCCUUCAAUUUCAAGUAAGGAAUUGGAAAAACUGAUGAAAAAAUUGGAACAAGAUAAUAAAAUUUUGGCUGAGUUAGAUCAAAAGGUUAAAAGAAUCUCUUCAAACAACACUACUUCAUCUUCAUCUGCCUUGUUAUCCUCAUCAUUGCCAGCACUGACCUCGAAUAUUUCAGGAUUUCACUCAACUUCACAUACCCAACUUCUUUCAGAUCGGAGUCAUUUUAAUCGAGAGAAAAAAUUAACUUUACCAAUAAAUACAAUGCUUCCAGGAAAAGAUGAUCCAAACACUAUUUUACAGCACAUUCGUAAAGAGCAGGAAUUAAGAUUAGCCGAGGAUAUUGUUGAUAGUAUUGAGAUACCUAAUCGUGGAAGAUGCAAAGUUUUUAUUGCUCGGUACAGCUAUGAUCCAUUCAAACAGUCACCCAAUGAAAACCCCGAACAAGAACUACAUCUAGCAGCUGGAGAUUUCAUUUUAGUUGCCGGUGAUAUGGAUGAUGAUGGUUUUUUUGUAGGAGAAACUCUAGAUGGUAGAAAAGGCUUGGUUCCGUCUAAUUUUAUCGAAAAAUUAACGGGUGAAGAUUUAUUUGAAUUUCAAGCAACUGUAUUAUACGAAAAUCGGGAUGGUGAUGAAUCUAGUGUUAGUUAUCCGCCCGAAUUUUACGAUACCCUACUCAAUGAUGCCAUGGCUCACACAAAUUUUCAACAUUUGAUUGCACCAGAGGACUUUCAUAGAAUGAAUGAUUAUAUUGAAUUGGCUGAAUCUCAGGAAAUCGACGAAGAAGAUUUAUCCGAUCCCGAAAGAGCUCAAGCAACUGCCGCGCGAGAUAUUGUUCCCCCUCCAAGGAGACUAAUAUUAGAGCGCCAAUUUCAUAAAAGCAUUCUUCUUUAUUGGUUGCCUCCUGACUGCCCUCCAACAUUUAUUGAAUGCUACCAAAUUUAUGUUGACGGUGUUCUAAAAGUUACUCUACCAAGCAUCGAAAGAACUAAAGCCUUAGUUGAAGGUGUUGACUCCUCAAUUCCACAUCGAAUCAGCAUUCGAGCCAUAAAUAAUUUAGGAAGAAGUUCCAGAGAUGCAGCCUGUACUAUAAUUAUUGGCAAAAAUGUACCAUUUGCUCCGUGUUGUGUAAAAGCUACCAGUAUUACCUCUGAAUCAUCUUUAAUCAGCUGGUUACCCUGUAAUAGUAACUUUUAUCAUGUAGUUGCUGUUAACUCUGUGGAAGUUAAAACAGUUGGUCCGGGGGUUUUCAAGCACUUGAUAACUGGAUUGGCUGCUAAUACACUCUAUCGUGUUUCUGUCCGUGCCAAACCUGGUAAACUGAUGUCAUUUGAUGAAAAGAAUCCCAAAAAACUCGAGAUGUUGACAACUUUUGUUGAUUUUCGGACUUUACCAAAAAGUCUUCCAGAACCCCCAGUGGAUGUACAAGUAGAAGCGGGACCUCAAGAUGGAACUUUACUUGUAACAUGGCUUCCAGUAACGUUGGACCAAUAUGGAACCUCGAAUGGCUGUCCAGUAACAGGUUAUGCUGUUUUUGCUGCUCACAAAAAAUUGACUGAAAUCGAUAGUCCAACUGGGGAUCAUGCACUACUCGAUGUUGGUCAAAUCGAGAGUUUCCAUAAGAAAGCUGUUACUGUGCGUACAAAAUCAGGAGAAAAUUGUUCCCAAGAUUCAAUGCCUUGUCAAAUUCCUGAUGAUUUAAUUAAACUCGGUGCUCAUCGAAAGACUGAAAGAUGUUAUGGACAAUGUUACCAAUCAAAUGUGGAUAAUUAUCCAUCGCCUCCUGUCAACCAAUAUAGCUUAAAUUACAAUCAUUAUCUGCAUGCAACACAAACCCCGAAUCAGGGACGAGUCCAUUCUGACUCUGAAUCGGAAACUGAGAUUAAUCAACUUAUGAACAAUGUUGCUCGGCGAUCCAAAGUUUUUGAUCCUUCGCCUAAUCAGGUUCAUCCAGGUCAUCAUAGAGCUCCUAUGCGCACACAACUUCCCAUGCGACAUCAACAUGCAAACCAACAUCAUUAUCCACUGCCAGCUCAUCAACAGUCAUAUGCCUCGCAUCAUCAGUCUAAUCUUGGUCAUCAUAUUCAACAUCCAUAUCACCAACAACCAUCAAAUCAAAUGCAUUCACAGUCAUUACAACACCAACAGCAACAUGGUAACUUUUCAAACCGUCAAGCUGGUCCAAUGUCAAUGCAACAUCAACAAUUUCACCCUCAACAGAAUCAACAUUCAAUGCAAAUGCACCAACAGGGCUUCCAACAAACUUCCGGAACCAUGCAAACAAAUCCUAACCGAAUGACCAUUCCAUCCAUCGCGAUAACGAAAGACACGCCAAGUGAAAGUGUUAACCCAAUAGAGAGCUAUUCAGAAGAAGAAUUCGAAGCAACAAUGAGAGGUAAAGGUGGAAGAUAUGGUGGACCAUCACCUCAACCUCCAUAUCGAAGUCGUCAGUAUAGCGAAUAUGAGAGAUCACAUUUUGGUACUGGUCAUGGUCGAGCUCGGGGACCGCGAGAUAUCCGAUGGUUUGUUGCUCUUUACGACUACGACCCAUUAACAAUGUCUCCUAAUCCUGAUGCAGCUAAUGAGGAAUUGCCCUUCAGAGAAGGUGAUCUAAUCAAGAUUUAUGGUGAAAAAGAUCCAGAUGGAUUUUAUCGAGGAGAGUUAAACAAUAGAGUUGGUUAUGUGCCUUGCAACAUGGUUUCUGAAGUUCAAUGUGAUCCUGAAACGGGCCAACCUCUUCGUGGGACUAAUGAUAAUGAUCCUUGGGGUCAUUUGCCAGUAAAAAAGAUGUCGGCACUCUAUGACUAUGAUCCACAAGAGCUCUCUCCUAAUCCUGACACAGAGGUGGAGUUAGCUUUUAAUGCUGGUGAUGUGAUCUACGUUUACGGUGAAAUGGAUGAAGAUGGUUUCUAUAUGGGAGAAUUGAACGGCGUCCGCGGUUUAGUUCCAUCCAAUUUUUUAACCGAGUCUACUGAUCGACAUGGUCAAAUGCGAGGACGCUCUGGUAUGCAAGGUUACUCUCAACCGUAUCAACAAGGUCCUAUGAAUCAGUCAUAUGGUUCUAACAUGUAUGGAUCCAACAUGUAUCAAGGAAACUCCAUGGCCCAAGGACAAGGAAUGAGACCUCAAGGACAGUAUGGUAAUCAAUCGAUGAAUAUGCAACCACAAUCACAAUAUGGCAUGAUGGGUAACAAGCAUCGGCCGAACAGUUUAGAUCUUGGAAUGAACCAACAGAGACCGAAUCAACAACAAGUUGGUCAACAGCAAAUGACUAACCAGCAAAUGCAACAACAACAGCACCAACCACAGACUCAACAAACAACUAGUUUGAAUCCAUUUUCUAGUUUAUUCAAUAGUGGGAAAAAGAUUCUGGAAGAAGCAACAACACCAAGAGCUGGAGCUCCUCAGAAUUUCAAUGCUUUUGGUCAACAGCAAGGUCAACAUCAGCAACAAAUGCCAAUGCAACAACAAAUGCCCACUCAACAAACGUACCAACAGCAACAACAGCAACACCACCAACAGCAAAUGCAACAGCAAAUGCAGCAACAACCACAACAACAAUUCAAACAAGGACCUCGCUUUGGUACGAUGCAAACCCAACAGCCACAACAGCAACAGUAUGGACAACAAGGCUAUUAUGGAGGUCCUAUGAAUCAAAUGAAUCAAAUGAACCAGAUGAAUCAAAUGGGUCAGAUGCAGCAGCAGACUCAAGCUCAACAGCAAGGUCCCACUUUGUCUGGAGCUCUUGGAGCUGUUAAAAGCAUAUUUAAAAUAUGAGAUGAAAAUGAAUACAAAUUUGGUUGAAAAAUAACCUGGCUUGAUGAUUUAAUGUUUAUUUUUGUUUCACGAGAAAAUGAUUAGCAUCCAAAUGAGGAAUCAUCGUCAUUCUGGUUUUUGCUGUCUCCAAUCGUGUUAAAGACGAAACAGUACAUUUAUGAAUUUUUGCAUUCCAACCUUGGUUUGUUGUCUUUGUUAUAUGAUUUGGAAACUUCAUAAGCAGAUCUAAAUUCAAUCUUUUGUUUGCUUAAGACGCUUGAAAGGGGACAUAAAUGUAUUUCAAGUCGAAAAUGAUUUAACAGUCAAAGAAUUAACUACAAAUGAUACAAAUUGCUCUUGGUUUUCCAAUUAGUUUUGGUCGUGCCUUAGAACCUCUUUCUUUUUAUCAUUUUUCUUUUGCCAGAUCAACAAAUUUAUGCGAUAAAAGAAGUCCAAUGGAAGAUGUACAAGCAAAAAACAUGGGACUGAAUAAAAGGAUAUAAUAUUAUGAUAUAACCAAUGGACGGUUGUUCAAAAUGGAAACAAGAAAAGCUGAAAAAGGGGAAAAAUACCAAUAAACUGAGAAAGCCAAACAAGAUAUAAAACAUAUUGCUCUUUCCGACUGUUUGAAUGGUCUAAUUACAAUACUUAUAAAUAUUAUUACUUAUAUUGCUAAUCAGUGGUAAUAUGGUUGAAACAAAUUUUUCUUUUCUUAACUGUUUGAUUAAUUGUAAUCACACCUGAUCUCUUUAUCAUAAUUAAUGAUAAUCUGUCAAAUCUAUGCUCUAAAGAAUUCACCUCAACAAUAACGAUCAUGUAACCAAACUUAAUUGAUUACGUGUGUGUUAACUUGUUUUCAACUUUCUUCCGGCGGCGAUGAAAUUAAAGAAAGACGAAAAAUUACAGUUUGCGCCCUCAAA